AUGAGAGUUCUUCGGUCUUACCUCUCAAAGGUUCAACAAGUUCACAGUAAUCAAAAGAACAAAGAAAUGGAGCUUGAAAAUGGGAAUGUGAUUGCUUCAUAUAAAUGGGCAUUCAGAGGGAAUGAAUUAUUCGCAAAAGCUUCAUCAGUAACUGUGAGAGGUGUUCUUGACAUGUUGAUGGGUUAUUUGGACCCGAAUGACCCGAGACCCACCAUUCCAUUAGGCCAUGGCGACCCAUCUGCUUUCCCAUCUUUUAGGACUUCUUCAGAGGCUGUAAAUGCAUCUCAUGAUGCCCUUUCAUCUUCUAAGUUAUGGGCUAUAGCAGAACACCUGUCGCAUGAUCUUCCGUACAAGUUAUCGCCCGAUGAUGUUUAUGUAACAUGUGGAUGUGGUCAUGCAGUUGAAGUCAUUUUACAUGUUGUUGCUCGUCCGAAUGCAAACAUUUUACUCCCGAGACCUGGUUAUCCUUAUUACCAGGCUCGAUCAGCAUUCUGUCACAUGGAGCCUCGUUUCUUUGAUCUUCUUCCAGAACAAGAUUGGGAAGUUGAUCUUGAAUCAGUUGAAUCUAUGGCAGAUGAAAAUACUGUUGCAAUGAUUGCAGAAACUGCGAGAAAGCUUGGAAUCUUAGUUAUAUCAGAUGAAGUUUAUUACCAUCUUGUCUUUGGAGAUAAUCCCUUUGUACCAAUGGGAGUGUUUGGAUCAAUUGUUCCAGUUGUUACAGUUGGAUCCAUAUCGAAAAGAUUGUUGAUUCUUGUUGGGUUCCUCAACAUGUCUGCUGAUCCUUCUACCAUCAUUCAGGGUGCAAUAGGUCAAAUUCUUGAAGAAACAAAAGGCGAUUUUCUAUUAAAGAUCAAUAAUUUGCUAAGAGAAGCUGCAGAUUCUUUUUGCAGCAAAAUAAAGGAAAUCCCCUGCAUCACUUGUCCUAGCAAACCUCAAGGAAGCAUGUCUGCAAUGGUAAGACUGAAUCUAUCCCACCUGGAAAACAUUGUAGACGACAUGGACUUUUGUCUCAAACUAGCAAAGGAGAAAUCUGUGAUAGUUCUACCAGGAGUGAAGAACUGGCUCCGUAUAAGUUUUGUAGUGGAGCCAACCAUUCUUGAAGAUGGGCUCAACAGAUUGAAAACUUUCUGCGAGAGGCAUGCCAUGAAAUCACAAGGAAUUUGA